AUGUCAACACUUUCACAGAAGCUUGCAGAAAUUGUUUUGCCAGCUGAUAAAUAUGGUGAAGUCUUAUAUGAUCUAUGUAGUCAGGAUCCAAUUUUUGAACAACAAGUUAUAACAAAGUAUAUAGACCAAAGUGCCUCUUCAUUUGAUCUUAUUACAUUUCCAGAAUCUAAUGAUAAUAAUACUGAUAAACCUACUUAG